AUGUCAUCAGAAAAAAAGAUUCAGAAGAAUGCUCCGCUGCCACUGCCGUGGACUGUUGGCAUUGCCGGCUUUUCUGGCAUGCUUGGGUGGGUCUUCACGCACCCAUUUGAGAUGUGGAAGAAUACCGUAAUGAUGGCACCUGCCGGCACUUCGCAGAUGGAAUGCUUGCGACAGGUACAAGAACGAGGUGCCUUCAAGGGGCUAUCGGCAGGUCUUCUCCGUCAGGUGGUGUAUGCCCCUGCACGUCUCGGUUGUUACCCUAUUUUUCGCGAUGCCAUCAUGUCUGUGAAGGGCGCUGGGUCGGAUGCAUCCCCAACAGUUGCGGAUCGAGCAAUUGCUGGAGCUGUUUCCGGGGCGUUUGCGAGCUUUUUGAGUUCUCCAGUUGAAGUGUGCCUUGUGCUGCAGACAACAAGUCCGACAAAGCUUUCAAUCAACGGUGCAGCAGCGCAGGUGUACGGGGCGAACGGCAUUGCUGGAUAUUGGCGCGGAAUUGGAGCUCUUGCCUCGCGUGCAGCCCUUGUGGGUGUGUGCCAGGUGGCUGUCCACGACCAGGUGCUUACUUUUCUGCGUCGCCAAAACAAACAACAAGCUGAGCGGAAGCGUGUUACCCCGUACAGUGACAACAUUGUUGUGAAUGCGGCCAGCAUUUGUACGGCCCUCUUCUACGCCUUCUGUACAAUGCCGGUUGAGAUGGCACGUGUACGCAUGUCGUCUGAGGCUCGCAAAGGCAAAACGCCCGAAGGGCAAGUCGCCAAAGUGAAGUAUACGAAUGUUGUACAAGCCAUUUCCCGCAUUGCCCGUGAGGAGGGCGUGUUGGCAAUGUAUGACUCCUUUGUUCCGUACUUCUGCCGAUGUGCGACACACACAGUGGCGUGUUUUUUUGUGAUUGAGUACUUGACACGGAAUGUAAAGGCAUGGCGCGCCUCCGAGUAG